UUUGUCCACCGCGCAUACAAAGUUGUGAAAAUUGCGCGUUGUAUUAUAAUUGGGUUAAGACUUAAGAACAGCUAUUUUACUCGUAUUUUAAUAUAAGAUCGUUGAAGAACGUAUUGAAGUUUGAAGUAACUAAUACGAUGGAAUCUAUAAACCAGUGCCACUGCUGCCUGCAGCGGCCUUCGGCGAAAGAUUUGAGGACACCGUAUACUCGUCUCGGCAUAACGGAAAUAUACUCGGUCAUGAUCGAAGAAUGCUUUGUAAUCACACUAACACCAAGCGACAAUGGCAAGAGUGGUAUCUGCGAGGUGUGUCUGGGGCGGCUGCGGGAGGCGUGCCUCUUCAAGAUGCAGGUGCAGUACUGCCAGGCCGAGCUGCAGGAGAGGUUAGAGGGAGGACUGAUUGUCAAAGAUGAGGAGUGCUGGGACCAGCCGCCUGAAGAUGGCGCGUGCAGCGAGCCUUCUUUAUUGUCUUCAGCCGGCGAGUACGGAGUUAGCUCGGCGCCUCUGUCCCUGCGCUGUAGGCAGCAGCUCGCGCUGGCGUGCUCCGUGAGGCUCGAGCGCCUCCGCCACUCCCCGCGCGCGAGCCAGCCGUGGCCCGUGACGUCACACCGCGAGCCGAGCCCCGCCAGCAGUGUGCAGGACGUGACGUCACACCGCGAGCCGAGCCCCGCCAGCACAGAGAGACCGUACGUGUGUGGAGACUGCAAUAAGCGUUUUACAACCAAAACCUAUUUGUAUAUUCAUAGAAGAACCCACACUGGAGAGAAACCAUACAUAUGUAAAGAAUGUAACAAGCAAUUCGGACGAAAAGAGAUUUUAGUUAGACAUAAAAGAACUCACAGUGGAGUGAAACCUUAUAAAUGUAUAGAAUGCAACAAGAAAUAUGCAGAUAAGGAAACAUUGGAUAAACAUAUAAGAAAUAAUCACCCUGGAAGUGAAAUGACACCAUAUAAAUCAUAUAAAUGUAAAAAAUGUAAUGAGCAAUUUACAUGUGGAGAGAAUUUACAAAUGCACCGGAGAAUUCACGCUGGAGGGAGAUAUGUCUGUGACCAAUGUAACAAGCAAUUCAGAAGGAAAACUAAUUUAACUAGACACUUAAAAGUUCAUGCUCCAGAAAAACGAUAUGCGUGUCAAGCAUGCACCAAGAAGUUUACCCGUAAAGAUCAUUUAGAUAGACAUUAUAUAGUGACCCAUACUGGACGGAAAGCAUUUACAUGUAAGGCGUGCAACAAGCAAUUUGCACUUAAAUAUCAAUUAGAUAAACAUGAAAAACUCCAUAGUGAGGACAAACCAUACAAAUGUAAAGAAUGUGAUAAGCAAUACACACACAGACCUAAAUUAGAGUACCACGAAAGUCGAGUCCAUAGAGGCGAAAAACCAUACAAAUGUAACGAAUGUAACAAAGAAUUCGCACGAAAGCCAUCUUUAGUUAACCAUUUAAAAAGCCUUUGUGUAAUAACGAAUCCGUACAAAUGUAAAAAAUGUAACAAGCGAUACACACACGAAAAUUCUUUACGUUAUCAUGAAGGAACGCAUACUGAAGUGAAACCAUACAAAUGUAAAGAAUGUGACAUGGGAUUCACAAAAAAACUAUAUUUGGUUAACCAUGAAAGAGUUCACACCGCAGAGGAAACAUAUAGAUGUGAAGAAUGUAACGAGGCAUUUACACAAAAAGGUAGUUUAAAUGAUCAUGUAAAAAUUAAACACGGCAAUAUAAUACACAACAUACAAUUCAAAGAUAACUUCGUUGCUUAUGAAUGCCACAUCGAAGAACUACCAUCCAGCUGUAAUGAACGGCACCAGAAUUCAAGUCAAAAAGAUAUUUUAGAUACACAUAAAAUGAGUUACACCGAAGAGAAGCCGUAUAAUUGUGAAGAAUGUUACAACCAGUUUACAUUAAAAUCUGAAUUAGAGAGACAUAAAAAAAUUCAUACUGAUGAACAAUCAUAUGAAUGCGAAAUAUGUGAAACAAUUUUCUUCGAUGAAAUAAGUUUAUUCAAACAUAUUGAAACCCAUAAAUCCAGGAUAUCAUAACAUUGUUAAGUUGUUUCGUAAAAGUGUUAAAU